AUGAAGCCUUCAGAACUUCCAAGUAUCCCUGCGACCGACGCAAUUCGCACGGACCAAGUCAGACUCGGAGCGGAUAGCCCUGAUGUCGGGAUACCAGAGUCCUUAGCUACUGCUGUGGAAGCACUGAUGGUGAUGACAAGGUCACGAACAGAAGCAGGCGUAGGGUCUCGGACUCCUUUAGACCAGUCCAGGUACCAGGACGAACCAAAUGAUGAAGGUCCUAAAAGGGGACUUGUCCGAUCUUCCACGAACCAGGUCAAGAAGAUUGCGAAUGUCUCCGAUCAGUUUGUGCUGGAUUCGCGAGAAGUCCUCUACAGGCUGAGCACACCCACUCCCGAGAGACCUCGCAACAAACAGUCGGAGCUCAGGCUGGUGGUCCCGGAAACUUUACCUGCUGACAUGCUACACUAUUCGCACGAGCAUUUCCAAGGCGGCCACCAAGGAAUUAACAGGACGUUUGAGCGAUUACGCUCAGAGUUCUACUGGAUCGGGAUAGACCUUCUGAAAAGUAAGCAACGUGCGACACUAGGGUACCGGCCUCAGGCCAAUGGACAACAAGAACGCUCAGUCCAAACGGUAAUGCGGAGUGUCAGAGCGUAUGUUGCUGGAGUUGACCAGAGUGAUUGGGACGAGCAUGCAGAACGUCUCAUGUUCGCUCUGAAUACCUCGUUCGAUGCUGCAAGAUUAGACACUCCGUUUUACCUGGUCCACGGCUGGGACGCCCAGGGAACCAUAUCUGCAAUGCUGGGCCCGAAGCCAUCCACAGUCCAAGAACGAACGGCCUUGGAGUGGCGUCGGAAGAUGCAACGACACUAUAGCUAUGCUCUCGCGUGUGCCGAAGACUUGCAAAAGAAGGCAAAACGUGCGAGAUCUGCAGCACAGACUCGUAAGUGGAGAGAACUCUCAGACCGGGUAAAGGCAGGUUUCGAAGCCGGUGAUUCUGUGUGGUUAUAUAUUCCGAAAGUCCGUACGGGAUUGAGUCGCAAGCUAGCUCACCUGUGGCACGGACCUUUCCGAAUUGAUGAAAUCCAUGAUGAUUUCAGGGUCAAGCUCAAGAUCCCAGGCACAGGUUAUCGUGAUAGUUGGGAGCCAGACACUGCCCAAGAUGAGUAUGAGGUCGAAGCGAUCCUGGAUCUCAGGUGGAUUAAACGUAUCAGGACCUCCAAGCGUUCUCGGGAAUAUCUGAUCAAGUGGAAAGGAUUCACAGACCCAGAGUGGAUACCUCUAGCUCAACUGAAUUGUGGGGCGUUGCUAUAUGAGUUCGACCAGGGUGCUAAGGCGAGAGCCCGUUUCCAAGCUAUGCAAGCUGGGGAUGAUCACCCUGGGAACAAAGUUCGGGGAUAA